AUGAAGUUUACGUUCUACCCUAACGCCCUAGAUGCAGGCGUUGAUAAUAGAAUUAUCAACGACAUCGUCAUCAAGUGGCAGCCGAAGGCAUUCACGGAGAAGCUAGAUGAAGCAGGACGGGACAUCAAGCAGCCGCGAGAGCUACUUAAGGCUUUGACAGAGCAUCUCAUUUAUCUGAGUGUCAUUCGCGUCAAAGGCGCGACUGCCAAAAUUCUUGCGGCGCCACACAAUUUUACCAAAGAUUCAAUUACAGGCGAAAUACGCAAAGAACCGGCAUUCCACGUAACUGCCGAAGUGUGGGGUGGACAAAUCUCUCGCCAUGGCGUCCAUGUCUACAUGAAGGGAAAAUCCUGGGAAAGUCAAGCCAUGCUGGGUGAAACAUACAUCCGGAAGGGUACAGCUAAUCCUGCUGCCGAAUUCUCAAUCGGUUGGGUUCCGCCGCGCCCCUCUCAACCCCCCAUGGCGGCAUCUGUUACUCAGAAGAGCCCAAAGAAGACUACUCCUCCGAAAAAGCCAAACACACAAAAUACACCUCCUACCCCUAAAGCACCUACAAUGCCGACGCCACCUACUUCCCCUGAGUCAUCGUGGACUUUAGUAGAACCGCGUGGGGGAAGACGAACCUCCAGGGCUGGUGGACAGAACCAGAACUGGCGACAGAAUUCGUCACGACGCCAGUGA